AUGAAGAUGACGGACCGGGCGUCGGAUUGCGACCUCCUCGAUCUCGCCAAGAUCGCAGAGAUACAGAGCGAAGGCUUCUUGGUCUGCACCCACUUCAAGAGAGACAGCAUGCGCCUGCAAAUACGCAACGUGUCGUCGAACAUCGGUGACGCGCCGUUCUCCCUGCCAGCAGUGCGAAGAGACCCACACCUCUUCGUCGGAAAGUGCGUCCCAGAUUGUUUCAGCGAAAGCUUCGCCGAUCGGAUAUCGGCAUUGUUCCAACGGCACCUCGGGAACCGGUCGGCGCGCUGCUCGUACACCUGUGACAGUCCACACAAGAGGAGGUAUCUCGUGACAGCCUCGCGGACGACGGACGGUCUCGUGUUUGAAGUUUUUCCGGAUGACAACUCGCCACUGGAAGCGUUUGACAUGGGACACGGUGGUGACCUAUGUGCGCUUCUUGUGCACACGGAACAGGCCGCGCUCUUCGAGGCGGCUUGUGCGGCUGUGACCGCAUCGGUCGACUACGAUCGAUCCAUGGUUUACCAGUUCCAAGAGGAUCUCUCGGGGAAGGUCGUGUACGAAGCCAUCAAACCUUCGGUCGCGGAGACCCUCGAUCCCUAUUUGAAUACGUUUUUCCCCGAGUCGGACAUUCCCCUGCCGGCCAGACAGAUGUUUCUCAUCCGCCCCGUGUGCGUGAUGUUCGACAACGACCUCUCUCCCGUGGAGAUAGUCGGUGAUAGGGAUAUGGAUACGUCCAAGUGCAUACUGCGCUCCAGCCACCCUAUCCACAGGAGCUACAUGCAAAACAUGGGGGUGCGUUCCUCUCUCUCGAUAGGUAUCGUCGUCAACAACGAGCUGUGGGGCCUGCUGUGUUUCCACUCUUACGGAGGCUCAGUAGUACACCCAACCGGACGAGAGAUAGGCUACUUCGAGAAUCUGAGCGCACAGGUCUCCGUGUGUUUGUCAAACAUACAGAGCGCCACGAGUGCCAGGCGUCAGACGGCUCUGUCGGCUAUCGUGGACAAGGGUCUCUCCGCAGGCGACCUCCUCGGCUUCUUCGCGGAAAAUGCCCCGGACCUGCUUCGACUGAUGGAGAGUGACUGCGUCUCCAUCAGGCUCGGCCACAAGAAGGUCAAGCAUUGGGGAGAUGCCGACCUCGUGCUCUCCGGCACCGAUCUGGAUCGCGUAUCGAGAAAUGCGUUUGGGAAAGACUGGUGUCUGGAAGAAAUCGAUCGACCCUCGCGCGGUGUCCUCGGCAUCAUCCACGGUAACCUCUCGGUUGUUUUCGUGCGAAAGAGCACCCCCUGCGAUAAAGCAUGGGCCGGCGAUCCGACCCACGUGAAGAUGAUGCGCCCCGAUGGCGUCCCGGGACCGAGAGGGUCCUUCGAGAGAUACAUCCAGUCCGGUGCUGACAGACUCAACCAGUGGAACGCACAGGACCGAGAGAUGGCCACGUACCUCUCGUCUCGGAUCGACAUCCUCGUAUCCACCACCAAGUUCUUCGCCGACAGAACCAAAGCUCUUGUUUUAGAAAGAGGCGACGGGUGUGUGAGGUACGAUACCGAGAAAACGCCGGUAUCCCUCGACGCCGCGCUCAUUUCCCACUUAUCACACGAACUCAAGACGCCGCUGCACGGCGUAUCAAGCGUUCUCACUCUGCUCUCCGAAGAACAGUCCAUCGGAAACGCCGAUCUGCAACAACAACUGGGGUAUGGCCUCGAGUGCCUCGACACGAUCUCGAAGGUUGUCGAGAGCGUCCUGACCGCCGCCAGUGGACGCGCGCACCGGAAAAUCGAGAGUGUAUGUUUGGAACGUUUUGUCGAUUCUCUCGCGGAAAAGUAUGCGGGAAACAACAACCUGACCGUGACCAUCACAGUUCCCGAGAAUUACACUCGUGUGAUGGUCGACGCCGAUCUGCUUCACAAAACUAUCUGUGGCAUCAUCGACAAUUCCACGAGCGCGGGAUCCAUGGUCAAGCCUACGCACCUGUCUCUGUCGUGCUGCUCGACGCACCGCGAGGCUACCAUGGCCUGGAAGAGCAGAACGAGAAAGUAUGCUCACAGAAACAUUCGAAACUCCGAAGACACCUCCAACAUCUCGGAUUCCGAUUGGUGGUAUACGUUCAGCGUCCAAGACCCAGGUUGCGGCAUUCACAGAGACAUGGUCGACAACGUGCUGGCGUUCAACGACAGCUCAAGAACAACGACCACCGUCACCAACUCUCACCAAGGCAUCGGCGUCGGUGUCUACAGGUGCAUCGCAAACGUUUUCGAAUUGAACGGUAGCAUUGGCAUCGCGUCGACUGUCUCAAAAGGGACGAUAGUCUCCGUCAUGCUGCCCGCGCAAGUCGUUGUCGCAGACGAGAGCACGGUGCAAGGUGUACCGGAAGCCGAAGACGUAUUUUUUGUGGUCGAUGACAACACCGUCAACCGUCGGCUGGCGUCCCGGCUGGUCAAGGUCGCUUUCCGCAAGACGACCGGUGCUGUACCAUUGGUUGAGGACUUCGCCGACGGACGCUUGUGCAUCGAAGAAAUCAAGCGUAUGCGAGAAAGCGGGAAACAAAUUUUAGGAAUUUUGAUGGAUCAUCACAUGCCUGUCAUGAGCGGCAAGGAAGCAACGCAGUUCAUCCGGCACACCGAGGCUCAGGAGGGUCUGGAAAAAAUACCCAUCUUCGGGUUCACGGCGGACAGCACCGACUCCACAAAAAAAGAACUGUUGGAUGCUGGCAUGGACGAUGUGCUACCGAAACCGAUGUCGAUGAAGGCGUUGGAGCAGACCUGCAUCAAGAUACUGUCUCGGAAAGAAAGCUGA